AGCUGCCGAAAGUUGUAAGAAAAGGAAAGGAAGCGCAGGAUGUCUAACGAGGUGCGCGCGCAGCCCUUAGACACGACGACAUACGGUGGUAACAUAAUGCAGCCUGACGAGGAGAUUCAGUACGCGCCAAGGAGCCGUCCUGUUAGCUUUUAUGAUAACUUUAAGGUGAAACCUCGUGCUGUGUCACGUGUCAUUGUUUACGACGUGCCAAUGGUGACACCUUGCGUGACUUCCGCACUAAGUGCUGACAAUUUGAAUCAAAUUCGCGACAAUGGUAUCAAUUCGUCGAUGGCCACGGCCAAUAACAAUAACAAUAAUCGCGUGAAUAGUGCAGUGAGUGCUGGUAACGUGACAAAGAUCCAAAAUCCCAAAGUGAUAGGUGCAGUGUCGACAGGGAACAUAGGCAAAAUUUGUCGACUCGAGAAGGAGAAGGAGUUAGGUCGGGCCCCAUCAAUGGCCAAUUGUUUGUCAACCACGGUCCCCGUUAAUCUGGCGGCGUCUCAAAUUGCUGGCCGUCACACGCCCACGAGGAAUUCCCUUAGGCACAGCAGGAUGAUCGUACUGCAUCGAAGCGGCCAUCGACCACAGAAAUUUCUGCCACCGUUGGUUUAUCAUUGGCGGUUGGGACGAUGCCUAGCAGCGCUACAAACGAUCCUCGGUGUCGCGAUUACUGUUUUAUCGUUAUGGUUACUCCUUUGGGCGCCUCAUUUGCCAAUCACGGAUAACCCUUACUGGAGUGGGAUGCCGUUAUUGUUCUCGGGUAGUUUUGGCAUCUGCUUACUAUGUUGCUUCAAGAAGGAAUAUCCUGGUAUGAGCCCUGGAUUCUGCCUCACGUCGACCAAGAUAAUCAGCGUGUUUUUAGCUAUUCUAGCAACAGUGACGUGCUCCAUCGCUUGCGUAUUCUCUGCGAUACACCUGGCGCGCUUAAUGGGUCUGGAAUGCAACCCGGCACGCGUAUUGAAUGCUACCUGCGUGUGCAAGCCCCGAGAGAAUGCAUCAAAUUCCACCGAAACGGCAGUCAGAUACAUUGACCUGAACUGUCCUGAAGUUGAGAGUAUCCUGACCAUCCUUCUAAUUUUCUCCUCCACUUGCAACGCACUUGGAGCCAUGGUAACUGGCUGGUACACUUAUUUGCAUUGGAGCACUAGGCACAAAAGACCGAAAUACAUGCAGGUCAGGACAAAUCCGAUCAGUGGGAACAAUUUUCUGAGCAGCAGGCCGAUAUACAAUCCGAGCGAACGAUGACAAUCUUUACGCGAAACUGACCACGAUAUCUCGUAUCUUCGUUACUCCUCUUUAACGAUGGACGAUGGAGCGUUUUAAAGUGGUAAGUCUCGGACAUGUGUGAACAAUAAUAAUGGAUUUCGACAAAUUCGUUAAUGAAUAUUUUUUUUUUAAUACAUUAUAAGACGAUUAACGUUUAUUAAAAGAUUAGCGUUUAUUUAUAA